GAAUCCGGAGAAGAGGCGCCGGUGGUGCGACAGGAGGGGGGAAGAGAAGAAGACGAGGCUUUUAAAGUUCAAAAACACGACUUUUUAAAAAGUUGUGUGGAAACAUGGAGCUGCGUCGGGCCAACUUCUUCUUGUUUUUAUUUAUUUAUCGGAUAUUUAUCACGCUUCAGUCAAAAGAACAUGUACUGCUGGAUAUGAAAGCUUCAGGAUCAGAGUUAGGCUGGUUGACGUCCCCAAAUGAGGAAGGGUGGGAGAUUGUCCAGACGGUGGUGAAUGGCUCUCUGUUUUAUACCUACAGCGUUUGUAGUGUAGAAUCACCUGAACAGGAUAACUGGCUACGCACCACAUACAUUCAGGGCCCCCCAGGAACCAGGCGUUUCUCCGUGGAGCUCCAGUUUAUUGUGCGAGACUGCAACACUUUCGAUGGGGCCUCAGUGUCCUGCAAAGAAACCUUCAACCUCUUCAUUUCUGAGGCCGAUGCUGAUGUGGGAACCAGCUUCCGGAAAGGGCAAUUUCGCAAAGUGGCCACCAUCGCACCUGAUGAGGUCACCCAGGGCCGUGUGGUGAAGAUCAACAAAGAGACCAGGACGGUGGGGACCCUGUCAAGGAAAGGCUUCUACCUGGCCUUUCAGGACAUGGGUGCUUGUGUGGCGCUGCUGUCUGUCAGAGUCUACUACAAGACGUGCCCCUCCACCGUGCAGAGCUUGGCGGCCUUCCCAGAGACGGUGGCAGAUGUAUUGAAGGUGGUGGAUGGAGCCUGUGUUAAGAACGCUAUCAGUCAGGCCACCCCACGCAUCUACUGCACAGCUGAAGGAGACUGGGUGGUUCCUGUGGGUCAGUGCCAGUGUCUCCCAGGCUACGAAGCCAAAGAAAAUUCCUGCCAAGAAUGCAAACCAGGCUACUUCAAGUCAUCCGAGUCCAACAAGUUAUGUCAGGUUUGUCCUGAUAACACCAAGCCCUCCUCAGCUGGUGCCACCGAGUGUCUCUGUGAGGAUGGAUUCUUCCGCUCCCCUUCAGACCCUCCAACAUCACCCUGUUCAGCUCCACCUAGUGCUCCUCUUGACCUCACUUCCACCACCCUGUCAGGGGAGGGCCGGCUGAUGCUGUCCUGGAGUCCACCGCUGGUGACCGGAGGCCGCAGCGAUCUCACCUACAGCGUGGCGUGUGAGAUCUGUGGCGAGGACUCGUGCGUCCCCUGUAGUGAGAAGAUCCGUUUUGAGACGGGUCCUACAGACCUUCGGGACACCACCGUCAUUAUCAGCGGCCUGGAUUCUCAUCUUAACUACACGUUUACCUUGGAGGCUCGUAGUGGAGUCUCUGGAGACAACACCGAGGGGGCUGCCGCAACCAUCACCACUGCUCUGGAUUAUACAACUCCCCCCAAGGUGACGUCGAUCCAUCUGGACGAUCGUGGUCCCACCAGUCUGUCUCUGUCCUGGACUCUGUCUCGCAGACCACCAGCCCACAUCAGUCACCGCUAUGAGCUUAUGUACCGCAAAAAAGAUGCGGACAGUGAGAGCGAUGUGACCACCUACACGGUCCUAAUUUUGGAGAAAAACUCUGUCCAGAUUAAUGACCUCACUCCAGACACUACUUAUCUGUUCAGGGUCCAGGUUCUGACUCCUGAAGGGAUGCCUGGGAGCUACAGCAUGGAGCACGAGUUUCACACUUUACCUUUAGCCGAGUCUCAGACACAGAACAAGCCCACGGUGGUGAUGGGAGCAGUAGUAGGCGUGGCUGUUAUUCUGCUCGUUGUCGUGGCCUUCCUGCUGCUGCGUCGAAGGAGACUGAGCUCCGGUGGCAGAAGAGGACCCGAAGAUCCCUUUUCCACAGAUCAAAUUAAGCCUCUGAAGGCAUACGUUGACCCACAUAUGUAUGAGGACCCUAACAUCGCUAUUCAAAAGUUCGUUAAAGAAAUAGACCCAAGUGCAAUCAGCAAACAAAAAGUCAUCGGCGUUGGCGAGUUUGGGGAAGUGUUUCGAGGUGUGAUGAAAACUGGGAAAGGGGAAGUGACCGUAGCAAUUAAGACCCUGAAGCCAGGCUACUCGGAGAAACAGAGGCAGGACUUCUUGAGCGAGGCCAGCAUCAUGGGUCAGUUCUCACACCCAAACAUCAUCCGGCUGGAGGGAGUCGUCACCAAAUUCAAGCAUGCCAUGAUAGUGACAGAAUACAUGGAGAAUGGAGCUCUUGACACAUAUUUAAAGGACCAUGAUGAAGAGAUUUCUUCAUACCAUCUUGUGGGAAUGCUUCGCGGAAUAGCUGCUGGCAUGAAAUACCUCUCUGACAUGAGCUAUGUCCACCGAGACUUGGCAGCAAGGAAUGUUCUGGUCAACAGCAACCUGGAGUGUAAGGUGUCUGACUUUGGUCUGUCACGUGUCCUGGAGGAUGAUGCUGAGGGCACCUACACAACCAGAGGAGGUAAAAUCCCCAUCCGCUGGACAGCCCCAGAGGCCAUUGCAUACAGGAAAUUCACUUCAGCCAGCGACGUGUGGAGUUUUGGUAUCGUCAUGUGGGAAGUCCUGGCAUUUGGUGAACGGCCCUACUGGGACAUGAGCAACCAUGAGGUCAUGAAGGCUAUCAAUGAGGGCUUCAGGCUUCCUGCUCCGAUGGACUGCCCGUCCGCCAUCUACCAGCUCAUGCUUCAGUGUUGGCAGCAAGACCGCUCCAAACGACCUCGCUUUUCAGACAUCGUUAACAUUUUGGACAAACUUCUUCAGAGUCCAGAGUCUUUGAAAACCAUUGCUGACUUCGAUCCACGCGUGUCCAUCCGCCUUCCUAGCACCAGCGGUUGUGACACCAUGUUCCGAUCAGUGCCCGAGUGGCUGGAAUCCAUCAAGAUGAGCCAGUACCAUGAAAGCUUUGCCCGUGCUGGGGUAACCAGCAUGGAGCAGGUGCUCGCUCUGAGGCCCGAGGACAUCAGAAAUAUCGGUGUUCGGUUGCCUGGUCACAUGAAGAGGAUAGCAUACAGCAUCCUGGGCCUGAAAGACGAGAGCAGCUCCCUCAGCGUGUUCGCAGUGUGAUCUAAGCAUUCCUCCAAAUCAAAGUGCACUGACGGACCAUGCCAUUUCACUCAUGGACGAUGAGGACUGGUGAAACUGAACCUCGCUGCAGUUUUUUUUUGUCUUGUGGC